CAGAGCAGUGAGUGCAGGCGUGGGCUGGCCUGCGACCGGCACACGUUAUCUGCCCAGGACUCGCAGAUCAGCCGCGUCGCUGUUUGCCGGGCUCCCCAUGUUUGCCCUGCACAAUCCGCACCUUUCUAGAUAGAGUCGCUCACCCGCUGGUGUUGCAGUCCAUUUGUCGGUGCCUCACAUCUGGUCGGCGCACAAGACAUGUUGCAGACGUUCUGCGGACGUUACUCGCUAAAGACAGGCGCCUUUAUGUUUGGGAUAUUUUUUACGGUAAAUUCGAUGGUCCAUCUCUUCGUGGGCUUCUUCUUUUUCAUCAGUAAAACACGAUUCUACAAAGACGAAAUUCCCUUGGGCCUGGCUGCAGGUAGCCUUGCUGUAGGAACAGCUCAGAUGUUUGCCAACGUUGCCCUUGUCGAGGGCGUCAUGAAGCGCAGCCGAUGCCGGCUGGCGGUGUGGGAGGUGACGCACUCGCUGCUGCUGGCCGCCUACGCAGCCGCCGCGGCCGCGCUGUGGGCGACCCUGCUCGACACGGCGCAGUUUCCCGUCUUGCGCAGGCUGUGCCCGCAGGUGGUCGCCACGAUGCUCGUCCUCCUCUCCGUACACGGAGCUCUACAAGUGUACGCUCUGAUAGUUGUCGAGUCCCUCCGAAGGAAGUUCUUGCUGGAGUCGCCGCCUCCGAGUAUGGACGUCGCUUACAAACGACUGGAGCGAGACUAGAGCGUCUUCUCCAGCAUGUCAUCAGUUACAAGCAAAGACAUCAUAACUGGACAAUGGACCAUUACUUUCAGAACAUGAAAAUAGCUUCUGCCAACGUUUGUGUGUGUAUGUGUGUGUGUGUGUGUGUGUGUGUGUGUGUGUGUGUGUGUGGUUCUUGCAGUUACAGCGUCAAGUUAUCAACCUAAUGUGUACAGAUAUACAUAUAAAUUCAUCUAACAUGAAUCUCACUAACCAAUAGUCCCACAUUUUUUUUUCUUCUGCGAAGAUCAAUAUAAAUUAAAUAUCAAGGUUGCAGAUAUUUUUUAAUGCACUGGGCGGUCGGUUAACACGUUACUUACUCGCAUUGACGGAAUCUCUUCUAUAUUCAUAAUUUUCUCGCAAUAUGUGUUUCGUAAAAUUGCCUCAGAAAUACCAGUUUGAUGUGAUUGCUAUACGAAAGUGCUUGUGACUGCAAUUUCCACAAUAGUAGUGACCCCAAGGUUGUAUUAUACUUGUUGAUACAAAACUUUAUCGAAAAAUUUAGCAAAUCCAACUUUACUCGAUACAC